AUGCCGCCGAAGAAGGCCGACUCGACAAAACAUAGCAACGUAUCAAUGGCCCAGUUCGUCUACGACGGUGACGAGAGCGAGGUGUCAGGUCUUGCUCCCCCGGUUCCCGCUUCAGCUUCGGCUUCAGCUUCAGCCACCGUCGCCGCAGCGCCUUCGAACCCGUCGCAACCGAUCGAGAUGGAUACAGAUGGACAAGGCGAUGGCGGCGGCGACACUGACAGGGACCGGGAGCGGAAGGAGGGCUUCAAGGAAAGAGAGCAUGUCACCAUCGAGGACCUCACGCUUCCGAAGUCGAUAAUUACGAGGCUCGCGAAGGGAGUGCUGCCUCCUAAUACGCAGAUCCAGGCCAACGCCAUACUCGCCAUGAGUAAGAGCGCCACCGUCUUCAUCAAUCACCUCGCCGCUGCGGCGAACGAGAAAACCAUGACGUCGAACAAGAAGACCAUAAUGCCGGCCGACGUCUUCGCCGCACUCGAGGACGUCGAGUUCCCCCAUAUGCGCGAACGCCUGGAGGCUGAAUUCAAGAAAUUCAACGAAACUCAGACCACGAAACGAAACACGUAUCGCCGUAGAGUGGCGGCGCAAAAGAAGGCUGAGCGAACAGGUGGUAGCGCGUCAGGGGCAGGCAACGACCCGAACGCCUCGAUGAUGUCCAUGGCAUCGACCGACGCGGGUGGCGCCGAAUCAUCGAUGGCAGCGCCGCGCUCCUCGAAGAAGCAGAAGCCGAACGCGCACGACGACUCGACCAUGGACGUGGACGGGGACGAGACGCAGGAACCCCAGGACGCUAGUGACGCUGAGACCGAAGCGGAGCCGGAACGCGAGGACGAGGACGAGGACGAGGAUGAGAAUGCUGAGGAGGAGCAAGAGGACGAUGAUGAAGACAACGAAGACGAGAUGCACGAUGCGCUGGAGGAGCGGGAGGCUCGUGUAGAUGACGACGAUGCGCUCGAUAAUGGAGGAGAGAGUGACUAG